UUAUACACUGUCUUUGGACGCGCACAUUUGGAGAUAGCCUAUGCUUAUUUGUACUUUGCAAUUGAUUAUUUUCAAAGAGAAAUAUGGCACAACCAAGAUUUACUCGCAACCAAGUUGUUGAAAUCCUUUUUGACGACAGCGAUGAGAGUGAGGACGGAUCUGAUCCAGAUCGGUUUGAUUCGGGUGAAGAGGAUCAAAUCUUGGACGGAAUCGAUCCAUUUGAGGAUCUAAAUCAGGAAACCACAGAGCAGCAGAGUACAUCCGGACCCCGACCGCUCGCCCUCUUCGACACAGCACCGCUUCUGCUCCUCCUGCAGCCCACAGAUCUAGGCCUCCUCCUGCAGCCCGCAGAUCCAUUAUUCGUCCUCUACCCGGCUCCUCCAGCACUGCCACAGAGCCACCAAGAUCAUCUGCAACCCCUGCCUUGAGUUCGCCUCAUAGGGGUAGGAGGCCCUCUGUGUAACAGAAUCAGUUUGGCUCGCUAGUCACUUUCACCUGUCAGAUGUCCAGCACCACCAGACCAGCUGGAACAAGGAUGGAAGACCGAAAAGGAUCCUGAUGUGGCCCCCAUUCCACAUAGGUUUUGCCCCAGACUGGAACCUGGAGUGCAAUUGGACACCUCUGUAGAGCAAAGCCCCCUCUGCCUUUUCAAGCACUUUUUUAGUGCUGAUACAAUCAGGACAUUGUGUGCCAACACAAACAAGCUGGCAGAGAGAAACAUUGCUGCUGGGAAAAGGUACAAGUGGACCACCAUCAACCCUGCAGAGAUGUUAAAAUUCAUUGGUUUAGUUUUGUACAUGGGAGUUCUAAAGCUCCCAGCAGUAAGUGACUAUUUCAAAAAAAAAAAUUUCCAUACACUGUGAUGACAAGGGAUUGGUUCCGUACCAUAUCUUGGAACAUCCAUAUGAGUGACCCAGAGGAAGACGUUGUGAAUGACAGAAAGAAGCAGACUCAGCCAGAUGAGUAUGACACACUCUUUCGCUUGAAGCCACUGAUGACUGAGAUAAAGGCCGCCUGUCAGUUUGCCUACCAUCCCAAGAAGCAGCUUUCCAUUGAUGAGAGGAUGGUGGCCACCAAGGCAAGAACUGGGAUGACCCAGUACAUGAAAGCGAAACCCACCAAGUGGGGGAUAAAGCUGUUUGUGCUGGCAGACUCCAGCAAUAGCUAUACCUGUGACUUCAAUAUAUACACAGGUAAAAGCAGGUUGGCCUCUGGGCUAGGGCUCUCAUUUGACUCUGUGGUGGAAUUGAUGAGGCCAUCUUUCCUAGGCAGUGGUUAUCACCUCUACUGUGAUAAUUUUUACACCAGCCCAAAACUCUUCAGGCACCUGCUGUCCCUCAAUUUUGGAGCCUGUGGUACCAUACGUGAGGCUCCAAAAACAAAAAUAAACCAACUGACCAAGAAAUCCCCCAGAGGAUCUCUCAGGUGGAUAAGAGAAGGUAACCUUGUCUUCACCAAGUGGAUGGACAACAGGGAGGUGGCAAUGUGCAGCAGUGUCCAUGUUGCUUAUGAUGGGGACACUGUCAAGAGGAAGCUGAAAAAGAGGGAUGGAUCCUGGGAGGAGACAAACAUACCAGUACCAAAACCUAUUGUUGAUUACAACAUGUACAUGGGGGGGAGUGGACUUAUCGGACCAGCUGAUACAGUAUUACUCUGUUCACCACACAACCAGAAGAUGGUACAGAACCAUGUUCUUUCAUUUUGUUGACAUUGCUGUGACCAAUGGCUUUAUAAUGUGCAGAGAAUUCAAAAGCUGAGGAACACACCAGCCAACCAGCUCAUCACCCACAGGGCCUACAUGGAGCAGCUUGUGGCUGAGCUGUGUGGUGUCACAGUCGGGGCCAUGCCUGUACAGAGGAGAACUGGACAUACGCCUGUGCCAAUCUCACAACCAGUUGCAAGGCUGAGGUGUGAGAAAUGUAAGGCAGAUGGGCUCCCAAGACAAGACACCUCAUGGAAAUGCAAUGAGUGUGAUGUGCCACUCUGCCUACAGCCAGAGCGUAACUGCUUUCAUAUGUGGCACAACAUGUAAGAAAAGAACGACUGAUGAAAAGCACAUCAAUCUUUCAAGUCUUUCAAAUGCAGUGCACAGUGCCAUCUAGUGGUGGUUUUUGGAUGUUACUAAAUUGAUACAGAAUAUUCCAUUUCAAAUGAACAUUUUUGUUCCUUUUUAUAUUUUCUUCUGUGUUUUUCAACAAAAAAAACGUAUGGUGACUAUAGUCACAGAAAUGUAAAUAGUUGUUUUUGUUUCUUUAUAUUUUUU